AUGACGUAUCGAAAAGGAAUCAUGAUUUUCUCCGCGUUUCAUAGUGUUGUGUCGCUGUUGAUGUUGUUGUCAGCGUACAUGUCUUAUGCCGAUAGAGAGGCGCUAAAUCGGGUAAGUAAAGUGGAUAAGAAGAAUUCCUUUUUGAUGAGGCUAUACUGAAAAAACUUGACAAAGUUUAAAUUAGAAUUCAUUCUUUUGGUUAUAAUGUUUCAAACAUUUUUUGCAAGGAAAUCUCACAAGUUUUACAGCGCCAUGGAAAACCAAUUGCACUAUUAUUAUAACUCUAUCUUUAGCAUGAAAUAGUGAACAAGCUCCAAAUGAUGUACCCCUACAAUUACGACGACAUUUUAAGCAUCACCAACAACUCUGUUGUCAUCGGAGUCAGGCGGAACUCGCUGGUUUCGUUUUCCUCCGGUUUUUUUCUUUUCCUCUCCACUCUUUGCAUUGUUCUCUCCCUCACUCUAACCUUCCUCUCUGUCAAAACUUUGAAUCGCUCUAUGACGCGUCGCCCUUCCCAUUCUUUUAUCACCCUGAGGCGGCGUCUGAAGAUCAUGUUAAUUGAGCGAUCUAUAGUCCCCAUUCUAACGUACUCACUGCCAAUUACAAUCGCUGUAGCGAUUAUUCAUUUCGAUCUUAUCGAAGUAUCGGGAUGGAUUCAAUGGCUGAUUUUGACGUCAAUUGCAUCGCCGUUGAUUUGUAAUACGAUUGUAAUGGGUACGCUGGAACCAUUCAGAAAAGUGAUGAGGAAGGUGUUGAACUUGGAAUGGAAGGUGCUGUUCAAGGAGAACUCUUCGGGUGAGUUUUUUUCUGGUGUUUGGAGAGAAAGAUUGCUGCACUACAUUUCUCGGUUUGCAAAAAAACAUUCUAGUCAUCAAUAUCGCAAUUUUUUCGGUUGUUUGCAGAUCCCGCCGAGAUAUUCGACAAAGACCAUUGAUAAAAGAAAAAUUUGUUGGAAUUGUCAUCAAUUUUUUUAACAGAUUUUUUCUAAUAAACUUAAUUUUAUGCUAGGUGGUUACGGCCGGCCUUUCAAAAACUUUCCGCCCGGGCUUUUGAUUUGUUCUUUUCGAAUGAAAAUUAAACUUUACCGCCUUUUUGUUUUUGAAAAGGUGAAACUUUUGAACCUUUACUCUUUUUUGGCCUUAAAAAUUCGGCGGUUUCUGCAAAGCGAACACUAAAAAAUCUCGAAAAGCCCUUGGUCUACACGAUUUAAUCUUUUCGCAAUCAAUAGUUUCAUCUGAAUUAAAGCGCCGCCCUGACUUAUGUAUAGUGAUAUCAGCCUACAUUUAAUUUCCCCCUCUAAUCUUACUUCAGCGAAAUUGCAGCUGAAAUGUCAUCGGAAACGCCGCCUGUUACCUAUGUCACUUAUUGUCAAAAUUAACGCAGCAAGUUAUUGUAUUUUCCUCAUUAAUUCGUUCUUAACCCUACAAUAAUAAAAAAUUUCAGAUUCCGAGCUCCGCCGUAAUCCCUUCAGUAUUAUAAUCUGGCCAAUGUCUCCACUUCCAAGCCGUGCUCGACUAAACGUCAUCAAAUAA